CUUGUACGCAGGAAACCUGUCGUGCCACAUUUUGCUCGCAGCAGGACAUGCGCACAAGUACCGUAAAUUCAACGGCCUAUGCUGCUUCGUGGGGGCAGGAGUUUAAAAUAUCUACAGCUGGUGAUACCACUGUACGCAAAAGAUGUCUGGGGUGCAAAAGGCCCCCAGCCUGGACCUGAAGCCCCCUGACAAAGGGGGCGAGCAGCCGAUGGACUUGGCGCCCCGUGCUUCGCACAUUGCCAAGCCCGUCCAACAGGCGACCGCGAUCGGCCCGACGUUGCGACCGCACUUGGACGCUGCUAAGUCGGCGUUUACGACGCUCGGUCAAAGGGUGUCAUCAUCUCCGAGACCUGUCAUACAACUUCCCCUAACCGUGGCUUCUACUGGUGGCGUCAACACUUCCGUCACCCAACCUUACACCAUCAAAUCUGGUCCGGCAGUGUCGCAGCUGUCUACGCUCCGGCACAUGGUGUCGUCGUCGACGGGGGGCAUCACGCUCAAUGCCAACACGAUGGCCUCCCCCAUGGCGUCCAUCAUCCGAGGCAGCACCAUCACCACCACCCAGAUCGGACACACCGUCUCUCACCAGUACUCCUCGCACGUGCCACGCGGACCUGCGGCUGUGGCAAGCAUCAACACAGCCCCCAAGUCGGCGCUCGCCACUCCCAUGCUGCGGUCAUCCAUGGGCCAGGUGACAACCACUUCCCACAUUCCUGUCGGGGCCCGAUCGUCCGGUCUGGUGCCGGCAAGGACCUCCUUCACUCCUGUGCCCCGUUCUGCGCUCUCCAUGGCCCAAGUCAUGGACUUGCAGAAGUCCGGCUCUCAUGGUGGCGGCCCGGUUCAAAUCGGGUUGUCUUCGGGCAGGCCGCUGGAACCUCUGCCAAGAAGUACUCUGGGUCACUUGCCUGUUGCCAUCAGCAAGCCGCUGCACAUGACUCAGCCAAUUGUGCACAGCUUGCAUCAGGUGACAGACAAAGGGUUCAAGUGUGGAGCCUCGCCUGCCACCGUCCAGUACACCACGAUGCCCGGGCUCUCUGCCGGGAUCACCACUCACUCGCCCGUAGUCACUUCCGCCACAUCACCGCUGACAACAAGUUGUGGGCCCACCGUCCUGUCGGCUCAUCAGCAGGUGGUACAGCCUGCCGCACCUGUUCGAAGCAACCUCGCGACCAUGUCUCUGGUGACCUUGGCUCCCACGGUUGUGGCCCAGUCGGCACCGCAGGUGGUGCCCGUGACGCAGCCGUCGCCCCUGCCGCACGGCCUGGUGAAGGGCCCCGGGACGACGGCGCCCCCCCUUUCUGGCAGCCCCGGGGGCCUGCACCCCAUCUACACGGUGAUGCCGGGAAAGGGGGUCUCUCCCUCGCCGCCCGCCCCCACGACCUCUUCGCACGUGCCGGCCGCCCUCGUCCUGGGGCAGGGACGAUUGGGGUCUCACAUGACCUCAAACGUCACGACGACGUCGCUGCAAACCACGAGCAUCCAGGUGGCAGCUGCGGCGUCCCGUCCCAUCACGACGACAGUGUCCAUCCAGCCACCCUCCGUCUCUGUGCCGGCCGCCAAGGUGUUCAGCCAGGCACCCAUGGUCCAUGGUCCAAGUCUUGAGAGCUCGUCGUCCGAGCCGACCUCAGCCGGCAACCUCUUUGUCGGCCAGCCAACGAGCCGGAGCCUGGCGGCGGCCAUGUCGUCGUCUGCAGCGGUGUCGUCGACUGCUGCCUCCCUACCCGCCACGGUUGUGAUCUCGGAAAGCCGGACCGACAGGCCAGCCCAGCUUUCUGCAGCUCCGUACGCGACAUACCUCUACGAACAGUACCCGAUUCAGGGGACCACCCUAUCCAUGCACCCGUACGCAACCACCGGCGCGGGUGUAACGCCCGUCUUCCCCGCUACUUCUGUGCGGCCCACACGACCCCAGCUGGGAGGUCCGCCCGGUCCCCCCUGCACCACCACAGUGGUGCAGCCCCCACCACUUGGGGCCGGCACGGUCAGGGGUCCACUCAUGGUGGCGGUCGACUCUGGCAACCGCCACCAGGCGCCGCCGCAUGUGACCCUGCACACGCCCUUUACGCCGAAUGCAGGCUUGGUUGGGCACGGCACGUCUUCCGUCACGGACGGCACGUCAACGACGCUGGCAUCGAGUGUGGUACCGUCGCCCUACAACUGCAUGGCCACGUCCAACCUGCUGUCGCCCACGCACAGCGCAACGCCGACCAACCACAACACUUCGCCAAGACCGAGCAUCCUGAGGAAGCGCACCUUCGAAGGAGUGCACAUUAACGUAAAGAAAAACCUGAUGGCAUCACUCCCUGGAUCGGAACCUGCGAGUCCACGCUCCGAAGCCCCAGCAUCCCUGUCCACCACGUCUUCACCCAAGCCUGCAAGUGACCUGCAACACGAGAGCAGCAACAGCAGCAGCACUGCGAGUGAGCCAGUGACUGCCGAGGUCACCAAGUCGUCUCUGCCUCCGGUCACCAUCAAGCAGGAGCCCCAAGAAAUCUCUGAAGUGCCGGCCAAUGGCAAUUCAGCGAGUCUUCCCAUCCCAAGCACCGCAGUGGAGGCCUCGCCUCGCAAGAAGCCAAGGAAGCAGCUGCUUUUGGCGAACAAGCUCUUGGACACACACUCGACCGACGGUGACGACGACCUGGAGCGGGAGAGCCGAGAGAAUCUUAGGAGGGAACUACCAAGGAGUGAAGAUGUGAAGUGUGUUGCCUUCUGCAAGCGCCCCAGCAUGUCGCUGCUGACAAGUUACUCGCACAGCUGGAAAACGCGGCAAAACCACUUCGCAAGGCACACCGACGUCAAGCCUAAAGAUGACAAGAAGCAGACUGUUAAUGACCUGGCCAAUCAGAAGGGUGUGCUUCAGAAGGCCAAUGGCUGGAAAGUGUUCCACCUGACCUCUCAGAUGGAAGAAGUGUAUUUUUUGGAAGACACCGUGCACACCAAGUUGUCUGAGCUGCUCGACUUCAUUGAGGAAAAGCCACCCGCAAUACAGACCAAGCCCCUCAACGUUGACGAGGAGCGAAUACUCAGCAAGAUAAACGAUCUCAUCAAGGGUAACUUGCAGCGCAGCAAAAUAGUGCAGGACCAAGUGACGGAGGCCAAGCAGCAAGUGCUCAAGGUGCUAGAACACAAGCCACGCAUUGUUGAGAUCAUCGGCAAGUAUGUGAGUAAACGGCCGCUCAAGAAGCGAGAGAAGAUGUGACCGCCCCAACACCCUCCCUCACCUCUCCUUUUAAAAGCAUCUUUUACAUCACAUCUCAUUGUCGACAGACUCUGUAGAAAACCCUGACCCCCCUUUGUUGCUCAUCUGUCAAGUGCAUCAUCAGCGUCCUUAUUUUUAAAGCAAGGCCUACGGCCAACGUGGUACUAACAUGAUUCUCGGACGUUGAUGCAAGCGGCUGCAGUGAGCCGGCUGCGGUGAGCCGGCUGCGGUGAGCCGGCUGCGGUGAGCCGGCUGCGGUGAGCCGGCUGCGGUGAGCCGGCUGCGGUGAGCCGGCUGCGGUGAGCCGGCUGCGGGGAGCUGGCUGUGCGAGCCGGCUGCGGAUUGUAACCGCUGUGCAUGUGGACAGCCUACCUUGUCCCAUAGUCUGCUCUUGCUCCGGAGGUUGGGAAUGCAGUACAAUUGUGCCAUUGCGGUGCUUUGGUCACUCCUCACAUUUGCCGUUUUGUGAGCAGUCGUGCUUUGCCAAGCAUUGUUCCCGGUCAUCAUUUGUGUUUUACUCGUAACGCAUUGGUUGUGUUGAGCGUGUGCACUAAGUUAAGAAGUUGAUGCCUCCUGUCAUUUCGUUCCUACCUCAGUUUUUGCCCUUUCCCUUCACGUGAUCUUUCUCUUCCUGUGCGUAGCGCGCAAAGUCCGACAAACAUCUCGCAAGAAGGCGUCUGCACCGGGAAAAGAGCCUUAAGGGCUUGUCGUAGGUGUGCAUUUGAUGGCAUAACACAUUAGAGUGGGUGCUGCUAUGUGCGUGCAUGCGAGAGCUGUGUGAAUGAGGGUGUGACGCGGAAGCGUCCUUAGUGCCAUGUGUCGUUUGUUAGUCACGCAGACAAAGCUCGGCUCACUUUGCGACACUGGAACGUGUUUGUGACGGGGUAACGGAAAAUAUGGAAGCACGUCUGAACUUCUUUGGCGGGAUGGCAAAAUGCCAGUGCCAAAGCGAUGAAAAGAAAGAAAAGAGACAUUGCUGCAGCAGUGAUUAUGGCGAGGGACUGUGUGAGAGAUUGCCUUGUUCGUGUAACCCAACAACUCAACAUGUACCUAGUAGUUGCGAAUGUGAGUUGCAGCGAGGUUGUAUAGCGGAAAACGGAUCCUUUUUUAGCUUGUACAGCCACGUUAAUGUGUACAGAUCGCACGUGACCUUCCUUUGCUUUCCUGCAAUAUUUUUUUUAUCCCACGUAUAUCUGUCCGAUUGACAAUGACGUCUUGUAGAAACGACUCUACACGUUUGUCACAACUCGCGUAUCUGGCACCCUAAGACACGCGACACCGUCACACAUGUUCUUACACGCAUCACCGAUUUAUCGUGGUUAGUUCUGCACUGUAUCAUACCAUCCAGGCAUUACCGUUUUAAAGCUUGUUUGUGCUUUGCUGGCACAAAACAUACGUAUGUAUGGCAGCUGUGACCUCUUUUUAUCAUUUUCCGUUCUUACGCUCAUUUCAUUGUGUACGAUAGAGGGAUAAGCUUUGCUUUUCUGGGCCCUCCUGGGCCUGACGUGUACAAAUCAUUGGUUGAAUCGAACGCGUGUUUUGGGCCAGUUUGUAUGUCGAGUGACUUUUGAUAUGUGUUUGGUGUUCAGUGUUCGUGUACCUUUUGGAGCCAACCAUGAAAUGGGCUGAGCAUGAACUUCCCACAAGAUGCACAAUUUGUCAGGCAGUACAAGUUUCGGGCGUGUAAUAAGCCAGCAAGCGUGCCCACCCGCUGUGUUUUUGUAGUCACUAUCUAUGACUGCUAUGUGCUCCUUGCACUAGCACAGUGCAAUGUAAAAAUAUUGGCUAUUAUUCUAAGCUAGAAAUAUCUACUUCUAUACCCCAUGUUGUCUCCAGUGUGAGCGAAGUCAAAACUUUAAGCAUGAGCAUGUUUCCUUGAAUAGCACUUGCACUGCUUGAGCGCUCGUGCAUGGCAGGCAUAUUUGCAGCAUGAGGCUCAUUUUGUAGUUUUGGCUUCGCUGAUACGUAUGGGGAAGCAAAGUAUAGCUCCGAAUUGUUGUAGCUGUUCUGACGAUGUCUCAGGAAAGGUUGCUGCUCAACAAAUUUGUUUGGAUCUCUCACCUUCAUUUCAUGCACAAGUUCCUGCGUUUUACUGUAAAUUGUGUUGUGCUCAAUACUGUAAUUACUCUGUAAGACACUAUUUAUUCCAAAAUUAUGAUUUUGUUUCCUGUUGCAUAAAAUUAUUGAUGUUCAUCCUUGUAGAAACAGUGUUUGUGUUUUACGUAUUUUUUUUUAAAGCCAGGUCUCGUCAUACAUGUUUUAUACAUAAAAAAUUAAAGCAAAAAUCCACUCUUUUAGAGAAGGUGCUAGCCGCCGAAUUCGGGUGCAUUGCUUGGAGUUUACAGGCAGUGCAUUUGAUGCGUAAGGUAUCAUCUGUCAUUUUUUAUAGUAUAUGUUUUCUAAUGUGAAUUAUUUCUUACUGCUUUAUUUCAUUGCACUACCAAUUUAUGCAUUGUUACAUAUGUACAUUCUGUGAUUUUCCUGCUUCUCGACUGACUGCCUCCCAUAAAGAGAGAAUAUGUGUA